UUGAUUGCUGAGGUGAUCCUCUAUUCGGAGGGGUUCGAAUCCUCGCGAAUUCUCGCCAAGAAGAUGGUCCAGAUGUACAAACUCUGCAGUGAGCAGUUAUCGCAACAGGACCACUACGACUUUGGUAAGUAUGGACUACUUUAUUUUGUUUUUAAAAGAAAUAUUGAUUACAUAUUUUUAUUUAUUUAUUCAUUUUGCUAAAAAUUGUAAAUGAACUUACAUACAUGAUAUAAAAACAGAAUAAUCUUUAAGGUAUAAUAUUAAAGGUAUAAUCGUUGAGGUAUAAUCUUUAAAAACUUUAAUGUAUAAUCUUUAAGAUUUGGUAUUUUGAUGUUUGGCCCAUAUUCAUAUUCAUUUCUGAAUUAUUUGAAAGAUUUAACAAUUUACGAAGAUCGAGCCCAGGUGUUUGAAAAGCUCUUUGGGUUAUAUCAUCCAUCCGACCAGGUAUGCGAGCGGUGAAAUCUGUGCUUGUCAUGGCCGGAUCACUCAAGCGUCAAAACCCGGAUAAAUCUGAAGACGUCGUGCUCAUCCGGGCACUG